AAACAAAGCUGUCAGUUCAGCGCAAGGACCCAAAACAACUGCGAGAGGCGCGCCUGAAUGCACGCAUACGCGCUGUAGAAUUAAAAUAUGCAAGAAAGGCUGAUUUCCGAGGUUAAGUGAUAACCUGUCAUUCAUGAAGAAGCUAUAAUUAAUAAAGUACACAUGUUGAAUCUUAAUCAAAAUGCGCUAUGAGAUGUUAGGAUUUUAUUGAUCAGGCAGAUCGGCGGUCGUCUCAAAAACAGCACGCGCGUCCUGACAGAGGCUUAUGGACCAGCUACUAUGCCAUUAUACAGUAGUUCCCGUACUGUGGUCCCACUCCUCAAACACAUUAUUCGUCACUGUCCUGCCAGAGUCUUCAGCGUGUCCCGCUGCCUGUCGACGGAUGGCUCCGCUGCACAGCCACAGAUUCAAGAAAACUCUGUUCAACUUUUCAACCAUGUCUACCCACGAGACGACAUGACCAAUGUGACAGCUAAAAUCUUGUCCAAAGUCGGCUGUCAGCUUCACAACCGGCCGCACCACCCCUUGUGGCUUAUUAAAGAACGCAUCAAAGACCAUUUCUAUCGCUCGUACGUGGGUCGCACUGGAAACCCCAUCUUUUCUGUACAUGACAACCUGAGGCCGGUAGUGACGGUGGAGCAGAACUUCGACAGCCUGCUCAUUCCUGCAGACCACCCCAGUCGCAAAAAAGGAGAGAAUUAUUACCUGAACCGCACACACAUGCUGAGGGCGCACACCUCCGCCCAUCAGAAAGAGCUGGUGCGCUCGGGCCUCGACUGCUUUCUGCUGGCCGGAGACGUUUACAGGAGAGAUGAGGUCGAUUCCAGCCACUAUCCUGUCUUCCAUCAGAUGGAGGGAGUGCGGCUGUUCUCCAAUCAUGAGCUGUUUGCUGGAGUGGAGAAUGGUGAAGAUCUGUCUUUGUUUGAGCGUGGCGGUCGGCGAACGCCUCAAAAGCAGGAGACGCACACGCUGGAGGCCGUCAAACUGCUGGAGUUUGAUCUGAAACGCGCUCUCACGCGCCUCGUGCGACACCUUUUCGGGGAAGAUCUGGAGAUCCGCUGGGUGGACUGUUACUUCCCCUUCACACAUCCGUCCUUCGAGAUGGAGGUGUUCUUUCAGGGGGACUGGAUGGAGGUGCUGGGAUGUGGAGUGAUGGAGCAGGAGCUGGUGCGCUCAGCUGGUGCUGAUAAUAAGAUGGGCUGGGCGUUUGGUCUGGGGCUGGAGAGAUUGGCCAUGGUUCUGUUCGGUAUCCCGGAUAUCCGGCUUUUCUGGAGCGAGGAUGAACGCUUCCUGAAGCAGUUUCGCCUGUCUGACAUCUAUCAGCCUGUCACAUUCCAGCCUCUCAGCAAGUAUCCUCCGCUCUUCAAUGACAUCUCUUUUUGGCUGCCGGCCGAAGGUUACACAGAAAACGACUUCUACGACCUGGUCCGCAGCAUCGGAGGAGACUUGGUGGAGAAGGUCACGCUGGUGGACACGUUCACACAUCCAAAGAUGAAGAAAGUGAGCCACUGUUACCGUCUUGUGUACCGUCACAUGGAAAGGACUCUGACUCAAGAAGAAGUGAGCAUCGUCCACACUGCCAUCCAGACAGCGGUGGAGCAGGAGCUGGGCGUGCAGGGCAGAUUCUGAUGUGUUUACACACAUCAGCGUCACCAGGUUUCUCUAACUAAUUAAAUGUGGAAACUCUUCAACUGCACUCA